UGUCACCCAAUGUCAGUUCUAAACAUAUCGCAAAAACUUGUCAAUAAAUAAUAAAACUGACGUGUAAUUUGUUAAAAAUUACAAUCAAAAUUUCAUGUGUGUUUAUUUACAAAUUUAAAAAUGUCUGAUGGUGAUGCAAAUGUUAGCAAUGACGCAAUAUCAGGAGAAAAUAUCAACUCAAAAGCGGAAGCCGAUUCAUCCGCCGCAGUUUCUGAUCGUGAAGCAUACUUUCAGGCACUUCAAAUGUGGAUUCAACAAGCUCAGAUGUACCAAAGUAUUUCCUCCUGCUUCCCUUAUUACAUGAUGACCUUUCAGGGUUUCCAAAACAAUCCGACAAAUGUACCUCUGUUAAACAAUAACUACCAGUUUCAAGGCCAGCAAUUUCCAUUUCAAAUGCCAAAUUUCAGACCAGUAAUCGAAAACCGAAAUCCAGCAGAAAAUCUUACCCCUGCCGAAGUUAUAGCAAGGCACGGCGGUUAUGAAUAUAUCAUACCACCUCUUUACAAGAGAUUGAUGGCAGAGUUCAUUGAUUUCAUUUUAUUGUUCAUUCUUAAACUAAUUGUCACAUUUAUAGCUGUGGAUAUGUUUGAGUUGAUCGAUUUGGAAAAAUUUGAUUUCUACGAAUUUAGUGAACAUUAUGAUGACUACAAGUAUGCAAUGGAGUUAACUUCUGAAAUUUUAUUUUUGGAAGUAAUUUACAGGAUUUUAGUUUGUAUUUUUGAGGCGUUUUGUUUAUGUGGCAGUGUUGGUCGUACAGGUGGUGCAACACCUGGAAAAGCACUCCUUGGUCUUCGAGUUGUAACAGCAUCUGCUAUUAUUCCAGUAGAAGGCCGCCCCAAAGAAACUGUUCUGUUAUACCCUGGCCGUCCCCUUACGUUCCUCCUAGCACUGGUUCGGUCUUUAAUGAAAAACUUCCUUAUUUCCCUUUUAUUUCCAUUAUGUGUGGUACUUUUUGUGUUCAGUCAUAAUCGCACAGGCUAUGACAUUCUAUGUGGUGUCAUUGUGGUGGAAGAGAAUAUGUACCCAGCAAGGAGACAUGCACCUUAAAUAAAAUGAUGUAAAUACUCCCUGUAUUUAGAUUGUACAUAUGUUUGAUUCCCAUAAUAUGUAACAAAGUUGUUUUCCAAACAAACCCCUGACAUUAAAUAGUUUUGAUUAGGAUUUUUAUUCAUCGUUUUUUUAUGGCAUUUAUUAUAAAUGGGUGUUUCAUAACUUUUCAUAUUUACUACUGUAUUUAUAGCUUAUUGAAUACGUCGUUUUGUCUUCAGGUUGCUAUGACCACGAAAAAGUG